AUGUCGUCCUCCAAACGCCAAUCCAUUCUCCCUCGAAUUCCCUCCGGUCCUAAAGCGCCAGUCAAUUUCUCGUCGUCUAUAACGAUAGCCGAAGCUGCGAUCCUAAGCGGAAAUCACACCAUUAAUAUCAGCUCCGAGUCUGUCGUACAUCCUCGAGCGAAGCUAGAUUCCUCUAACGGACGAAUCACUAUUGGUCGGAGAUGUAUCAUACAUGAAAGAACGAGCAUUGGGGCGGCGUCUGCAGAUCCAACGCCCAGUGAAUCUCGUGAUGGCGUAGUUAUUAGUGACUAUGCUACAAUUGAAGUUGGUGCAGUACUCGAGUCUGGCGGCACAAUGAUAGGCGAAGGGUGUCUGGUUGGUGUGGGUUGCAGAGUCGGCAAGGGAGCAAAGCUAGGCAGGCACUGCACUAUAACACCACGGAGCGUUAUACAACCAGGAGAAACAGUACCGGAUUAUACCGUUGUUUAUUCUAACGGAACAAGACGAACCGAUAAACGUGGUAUAUCGGAUCUCAAGAAUAAGGCACAGGCUCGACAGAUUGAAAUACUGAGGAAGCUUAUACCAAGUGUUCCCGCCAAGUUUCAAUGA